UCACAGAAGACUAAAGCUUUGCACUAAAUGGUCUGGUAGAGAAACAGGCCUGUGUUUCUUAUGUAAAGGAGUAAGAUGACAGUUGGUCAGAAGUCAACAAGGAAGAGGAAGAAAGGUCGCUCUGCCGCUACCUCCUCCAUGCCUGUUUCUUCAGGCUAUGCCCGUCUGGAGAAGAAUGAACCCAUGAACUCUUUGCGUAUCUCUGUCGGAGGGCUCCCAAUGUUGGCCUCCAUGACUAACACCACAGACCCGCGCUUCCGCAUCAAGUGGAAAGCCAUUGUGGUGGUGACCACCACGUUGGUCGUGCUGCUCUUUAUCUACAUGCAAUUGGGGUCUUCUCGGUCCCGACCCAGUGGCAAACACAGCUGGAGGUUCGAGCAGGCCGAAUUAGCGGGGGAAGAACACUACAAUGAUACGUACCCUCUCAGUCCACCGGAGCGCACCUCACAAGGAACGCGCUAUCGGAUAGGAGUCAUAGCCGACCUGGACACAAACUCACACAACGAGAAGAAAAAGACGUGGUUCAGUUACAUGCAGAAGGGCUACCUUCUGGUGUCUGAAAGUGGGGAUACGGUGGCUGUGGAGUGGGACCGGGAGAGAGUGGUGCUGGAAAGCCACCUGGCUGAGAAGGGCAGGGGUAUGGAACUGUCUGAGUUAACAGUCUUCAAUGGAAAGCUGUACAGUGUGGACGACCGCACGGGAGUUGUGUACCACAUUGACGGCACCAAGGCAGUGCCGUGGGUCAUCCUGCCAGACGGCGAUGGCACUGUGGCCAAAGGAUUCAAGGCUGAGUGGCUUGCUGUGAAGGAUGAGCAUCUCUACGUUGGGGGGCUGGGGAAGGAGUGGACCACCACCUCUGGAGAGUUUGUCAAUAACAAUCCUGAGUGGGUUAAAGUGGUUGGUUUUCGAGGAGACGUCCAACACCAGAACUGGGUUCCUCAAUACGAGUCUUUGCGGACUGCUGCCGGAAUCAGUCCCCCUGGCUACCUCAUCCAUGAAUCAGCGGCCUGGAGCGAUACUCUACAGCGCUGGUUUUUCCUGCCGCGUCGUGCCAGCAAAGAGCGCUACGAAGAGACAGCAGAUGAACGGCGCGCCACCAACAUCAUCCUCAGCUGUUCUCCGGACUUCAAGGACAUUGUGACAAGUCGGGUGGGUGACCUGAACCCCACCCAUGGCUUCUCCUCUUUCAAGUUCAUCCCAAACACGGACGACCAGAUCAUCGUAGCUCUGAAGUCAGAAGAAGAUGCAGGCAAGAUAGCCACCUAUAUCCUGGCGUUUACCUUGGAUGGGCGAAUUCUGCUUCCAGAAACCAAGAUUGGUGACGUGAAGUACGAGGGACUUGAAUUCAUAUAGUGUCAAAGUAAUGAACCAGAGACAUUGAAAUCAAUUGUUUUGUUUUGUUUUUUCUUCAGGCUGUUCUUGAUUUUCAGACCUAGAUGUGGGCAUUCAAGUCUCUCUAGGCUGAAGGAGCAUGAAGGACUGACACUGGUCCUAUCUGGUUUGUGAUCAUAUUGAUACUUUUAAGCUCCAUGAUUCCUGAAGCCAGUAGAAUUGAAUUAUGCCUUUGGUUUAGCCUAAAGAAAUAAACACACUGUUCUGCUCUUAAUCUGUAUGAAACCAAACUGUGCCCAGAGCUCACUUGAAGAACCCAGCCUUUGUGUCCUUUGUCUCCUAUUUUUUUAUUUUUUUUUUUUAAUGAAGCAUCCACAACUGUGACCUGGUAUGGUCUCAUGCCAGUAUUGCACUGACUGCAUUGUGAAUGUAUUGAUUGUGUGAGAACAAGAAACCAUAAAACACAGCUGUCAUAGUCACAGCUGUUUUAGUCAUUUUUGAACCUGCGUUAACUUUAUUCUGAGCAAUUUCAAAUUUUCAUGCAGCCGUUUUCUAAAACUCAUGUCAUUUCGCAUGUCUCCUCUGAUUGUUGUCUGCUCCCGGACACUUAGCUUUUUCUGAUUAAAAAAUGGCCAGUGUUUUAAUACCACAAAUUAAAUUAAAUUUGUUAAUGAUUUUAACUCCAUUCUUUUUUAUGGCAUUGUACCUAUUUAUAGUUGGUCUCAAUACAUUUAUGCGGUAGAGAAAACAAAUCAAACCAUUUUUUGGACAGUUAUCUGAAGAGAAAUGUGCAUACACACUUGUUUUUGGGAUGAUGGCUCACUCUUGAUGUCAAGUUUCAUAUUUGUCUGGUAGUUCUUCUUUACUCAAUAAAGUCCUCAUUCUCACUUUCA